UCUCCCUAGCAUCUCUGGAAGACAGAGCAGGAAGAUCUCUGAAGAGCACAGCAGCCUGAGCUACAGCCUUCCAGAACUGCUGAGAAGCGCUCCGCAAACAUGAGCGAGAGCACCAUGACCGCCCUGGAGAGCUGCUUACCGCAGCUGAAAUGCCAUUUCAACUGGAACUUGGUGGAGGGAGGAGAGUCGCUGGAUGAGUUUGAAGACAAGGUGUGUAACACCACGGAGUUUCAGAACAACGAGUUCAGAGCGACGGUGUUCAACAUCCAGGCCUACAUUGAGCACCGCAGAGGCCACGGAGAGGCGGCGCUGGAGUGCCUGCGGCGGGCGGAGGAGCUGAUCCGGCGGGAACACCCGGAGCAAGCGGACACCCGAAGUCUGGUCACCUGGGGCAACUUCGCCUGGGUCUCCUACCACCUGGGCAGACACGCAGACGCGCAGAUGUAUGUGGACAAGGUGAGACGAGUCUGCGCGGAGGCUCGCAGCCCCUACAGAAUGGAAAGCCCAGAGCUGGACUUUGAGGAGGGGUGGGCCCGGCUACAGUGUGGAGGGAGGCACAACGAGAGGGCCAAGGUGUGCUUUAAGAAGGCUCUGGAAAAGGAGCCCAAGAACCCGGAUUUUGCCUUGGGACUGGCCAUCGCCAGCUACCGUCUGGACGCCUGGCCACAGCCUCAGAAUCCCGUGGACCCUCUGCGGCGGGCCAUCCGGCUGAAUCCUGACAACCAGUACGCGAAAGUCCUCUUGGCGCUGAAGCUUCAGAAGAUGAAGGAGGAAGAGGAAGCAGACAGGCUCGUGGAGGAGGCGCUGAAGGGAGCCCCGGGGGCGACAGAUGUGCUCUGCCAAGCAGCAAAGCUGUAUCGGAGGAAAGGGGCCCUGGACCAAGCUGCAGAGCUGCUGAGAAAGGCCCUGGAAAGUUCUCCGGACAGCACCAUCCUGCACUGGCGAAUUGGCUGCCUCUACAGGACCAAAGUCCUCGAGAUGCUCCAGGACCCAGGAAGGAAUGAGAUGAGCGGCCAAAGGGCGAAGUUACAGGAAACCAUAGAACAAGCUGUGUAUCAUUUAAAAAGAGUGGAUGAGGCCAGUGCAGAGCUCCCCUGUGUCUGCUCCUACCUGGCCUGUCUCUACGCGCAGGCAGGUAAGUAUGAUGCCGCGGAGCAUUACUUCCAGAAAGAAUUCAGCAAAGAGCUUUCUCCAGGAGCCAGACAAGUGCUCCACCUGCGCUACGGCAACUUCCAGCUGUACCAGCUGAAGUGCGAAGACAAGGCCAUCCACUAUUUCAUACAGGGCAUGAAAAUCAACCAGGAAUCAAAGGAGAAAGAAAAGAUGAAAAAUAAGCUGCAGAAAAUUGCCUGUACCAGGCUUUCUAAAAACGGAACUGAUUCCGUGGCUUUGCACCUCUUGGCAUUUCUUCAGGAGCUGAAUGGAGACAUGCGGCCAGCAGAGGAAAACUCCUAGAGGUGUUUGGACUCUGGAAACUUCCUCCAUUCAGUAUCUUUCACUGAGGAAUAAGGAAUCAAUAUAUAGUGCUGGCGGGACGAUACAGGGAAGGGAGCAGAAACCCUUCCACCAAGUGGGUAUUCAUGAUAUGGGACAACUUUACAGCAGCAUAGGCGUGGACUGAGCUGCUGGUCAUGGGUCUGCACCGGGUUUGGGGAGGAUACCUGCUGGGUAUCACACAUGAAUUGCCCAGGGAGUUCUGGGACAGGGAUUAGAUUGGAGAGGGGAGGGAGGAGAGGGUCGCAGGGCUUGGUUAGGGGGCUACUUCCCAACUGACCUCUUGGGAGUAGUUUGCAUUGUGAUAUUCCCUUAGUCAUCCUCCCUGUGGUGAUGUCUUGGAUUUGUCUCUGGGUUUAGAUAAAGCAGCCAGAUCCCUCACAUCUGAAACAGUGUGGUCUGUUUUUGCAAUGUUUUUCCACCCUUGGAAUCAUUUUAGAUCUUGUGCAGUUUGGCCCUGCAGAGACACUAAUGUGUCCAUUCAAAGGCGGGGGGACCAAAGCCUCCAUAGGGCUGGGUAUCUUCUCUCCCUCACUUCUGCUUCCUCCCAGAUAGUCCUCAGUCUAGACUGUCUAUACAUCCUGAGUUAAAUUGCCCCAUUAACUGAGGUGGGAACAUAGUUUGAAAACAAGAGAGCAGAGAACAGGUUGAAUUUGGAGAGAGCACAACCAAGACGAGCAGUGGGGCCAGGCCGUCAGGGUACAAGGGUUUCAGGAGGCACGUGGGAAGAUUUCACAUCCAUUCUAGCCUCCCCAGAUUACAGCAUGUCAAGAAUAAAAAGAAUAAAUAAAAACUUUAAAACGUGUGUAAAAAAAAAUAAAUGUCACGCCAGUAGGGACAGGGAUUGAGCAGACAAAAGAGAGAGAGAAAAAAUGCUGGUUUGUCCUUGCAGACUAUAAAUCCAUGGAGAAAAAAAAUCUCAUUUUCUUGGCCACUUUUAGGAAAAUUUCCUUGUAUGACGAAGACUUGCUUUAUUCAAAAAGGCUUGGAUGAGCACAGGCCCACAGUAAGAGAAAAACAGCAGAACAGAAGGCUCAUUUGGACACCAAGGACCUAGCAAAAGGUCUUGCGAAAUGACAUCACUAAUAGAGAAUUUUUUUCCCCAAUUAUACUGCUGUAAAUUAGGUGAUAUAAAACUUCUUUUCACCCUGAAAAUCUUCAAGGAAACCACAAAAUUCAUGGUUUGCUUGGAGUGAUUGGGGUUUUCUAGGUAAAUACUGAAUAGUCCAUGAGAUCAGGAUCAGUGCGAACCAAACCAGAGUCAGGUGACCCAGCAUGAAACAAACCCUCAGUCAUCCUCUGGGUUGCAAAAUAUUUGCCUGUUCAGAUUAAUUUAAAAUUAAAUAGUGGUUACCAGGAGAUGUGGGUUAGGGAAGUGGGAGAGAUGUUGUUUAAAGGUACAAACUCACAACUAGUAAAUAAAUCCUGGAGAUCUAAGGUAUAGUAUCAUGAAUAUAGACAACAAUAUUGUAUUCUAAUCAUCAAACCUGCUAAGAGGCUUGAUCUUGAUUAUUCACACCAAAGAAAAGAAAUGAUAAUUACAUGACAUGAGAGAGGUGGUAACUAUUGCUACAAUAACUGUUGCUACAAUCAUAAUAUAUAAAUGUAUCAAAUCAACAUUAAAUUUGCAGUAUUGUAUGUGAAAUGUAUUUCAAUAAAUUGAUGCAUAGUAUGGAUUCCUGGAAAAAGCCACAGAUUUAAUGAAUAAAUAACUUGGAGGGAUGGAACAUAAAAGAGUGUUCUUGGGGGCGCCUGGGUGGCU